AUGUCUGCUCCCAAGGGACCCUUCAAGCUCGUCACUGUCAACACCGCUCCUGAGAGAGCCAAGCGCCUCAUCGGACGGGUUGCUGAGGCCCUUUCGGACCGUUACACCAUCAUCCACAUUGACAACUGCGAGAAGAUCGAGGAAGUCGAGUCCAAGGUCAAGCAGCACAUGCCCGAUGUCCUGUUCAGCGCCUCCAUGUGGUCCGCCGAGCAGGCCAACGAGAUCCACUCCAUUGCCCGGUCGAUCAAGCCCGACAUCAAGCUGCACGCUAUCCCCGAGGGUCUCCAGGUCGAGCGCGGCCCCGACGCCAUUGUUGAAUACCUUUGCGAGAAGGUGCCUCCUCUUCUGGACGCCUAA